AUGGCAGCCACUGUCGGCCUUGAAGACGAUCUUGAGAUGGAAUGCAGCAAGAUCGCUACCACUUUUGAAGAAAUUCUUGGUCUUAUAACUUACAGUCCUACUAGCAACGGCCUCCAAAGUCGUUACAAGGAUCUAGAGAUUCGUGAUAGAUUCAGAAGGCCCUCUGGCAAGUUCCGGCCGAGUUCAGUCAUCGUGGGUAUAUCGCAGUAUGUCGAAUGUCAGGCGGCCCUGCGGAGCCCCCGAGCUGGGGGUCGAUCAGAGGCUAAGGGUUACGAGAAACGUAUAUAUAAGGACUGCGGAGGGCCCUCCAGACUGCAGAGGGCCAGCAUUCAGAUGUAUUUCGACCCCCGGCCUAUAUUUUACGUACCUUCAGACCUUGCGGAGGACCUCUUCACUCUGCUCUAA